GUCAAACGUUCAAGGAGUAAAGGCGGCCUAGCAGGCCCUGAUGGGACCAAGUCUGUCUUUGGGCAGAUGUGUGCUAAGAUGAGCUCGUUUAGUCCCGACAGCCUCCUCCUCCCCCACCGCGUCUGGAAAGUCAAGUUUGUGGGUGAAUCUGUGGAUGACUGUGGUGGAGGCUACAGUGAGUCCAUAGCCGAGAUCUGUGAAGAACUGCAGAAUGGACUCACCCCGCUUCUGAUCGUGACGCCCAAUGGGAGAGACGAGUCAGGGGCCAACCGCGACUGCUACCUCUUCAGCCCUGCUGCCAGGGCGCCUGUGCACACCAACAUGUUCCGCUUUCUGGGUGUGUUACUGGGCAUCGCUAUCCGGACUGGGAGUCCCCUGAGCCUCAACCUGGCCGAGCCUGUCUGGAAGCAGCUGGCUGGGAUGAGCCUCACCAUUGCAGACCUCAGUGAGGUUGAUAAAGAUUUUAUACCUGGGCUCAUGUACAUCCGUGAUAAUGAAGCCACCUCAGAGGAGUUUGAGGCCAUGAGCCUGCCCUUCACUGUGCCAAGUGCAAGUGGCCAGGACAUCCAGCUGAGCUCCAAGUACACACACAUCACCCUGGACAACCGUGCAGAGUAUGUCCGGCUGGCAAUAAACUACAG